GUAAAUGUUACCAAUCAUUCAAUCAACAUAUAUCUCAUAAGAAAAACAUUAGAUUUUAUAGCAAAAAAUGGAAGGCAAGCUAGUUUCUAACAAGUCCUUUUUUGCAGUUGUUCUCAUCCUUUCCGUAGUGCAAUUAACGACGGCUGCGAAACUUUACCCUCCACAAAUGUUGCUCGGAAAACCACUGUCAUGUCCUUAUUACGGCGAAUACUGUGAUGGGGUACACCCUUGUUGUCCUGGAACGCAAUGCACAUCUACUUUUAGUGCAGGAACAUGUGUUCAUGAUCCUUACUCACCAUGCAGGCAUUUAGGACAACCAUGCGGUUUUUGGGCUGGUAGUUGUUGUGGAAAAAGUGUGUGUACAAAUGAUGGAUGUAGUGACCUAAACAGCAAUAAUCUUGCAUUCUCCAUAAUAUGAUGGGCCGACGACCCAUCAGGUUCAGCUAUAUAUAAUAUUAUAAUUUCAAGUAUUUUGUUUGAUUGGUUAUUACUUUCCAUCUUGUAUUCGUUUUUUUUUUUUUCCUGUUUUUUUAGGUGAGACCGAAAGGCCUAUCAGGUCGGAACCCCGCAUCGGUCAACCAAUAUUGUAUUUGCAUUUAUUUGUGAUCUUUCUUCAAUCAAACGAUCGAUGUGUAUUUGAUGGUUGGCUACUAGUUUGAUCAAACUAGUAGCCUUGUAUA